UUUGUUAAUAAAUAAGUUAUUCAAAAACAAAAGUUAAGAGUAAAAACUAUUAUUAAAAAUAAAUUCGGUUAAUUAUUAGCUUAGUAUUAUUCAUUAGCUAUUAAAAUGAAACAGAGAUCAUAAAGUGCGACAGUUAAGUCAGCCUCUGAUAUGACUGUAAGAUAAAUGUUUGAUGUGGCUACACGUAAUCAAAUAUGGGGCAUAGAAGGUUAUGAAAUAUCUAGAAAAUAUGUUGAUCCUUAGAAAUAAAUUAAAGAUAGAGAAUUUGCUGAACUUAGAGACAAGAAUAAAUUACCUACUAAGAAUAAAAAUUAUGUAACUAAAAGGGGACAUUUCUACAAUGAUUUAGAGAAGCAAUUCAAGGGUUAUCCUGGACCAAAUAAAUAUAAGUUAGAUUAUGUUUGGGUUUCUUAAAAUGAUAUUGAAAAAGGAAGAAAGAAACCUCACGAUACUAAAAAGAAUACAUAUAUAGAUAACAUUAUUGAUGAAUCUAAGAAAAGACCUGUUCCUGGACCAGGAAAAUACAAUAUUACAAAGACAGAAGAAUAAAUCAAAAAGGAAGUUUAAGAAAUGAAGAGCAAGAAAAUUAAGUAAGGUGAAAGAGUUGAUUUUCUCUGCGAAUACUAAUAUGUUGCUGCUUAAACUCCAGGUCCUGGCCAAUACAAUGGAAGAUAAAUAUAGCCUAAGUUGUAAGCAAAUAGAACUAAACCUGAUGAUUGGAUAAAUAAGCAUAAAGCAGAAGGUAAGAAAAGAAUCAAAUCUGCUUUUCCUGAUGUAGGUACUUACAAGCCUAUUCUAUUUAAUACCUUCAGUAAAAUCGAAGAAAUGAAUUAGAAGCAAGGGACCAGACCUAAAAGUAACUAUUUAGGUACAGCUGAGAGAUUUGGUGGAUCAUCUAAAAAAUCUAAGACAUCAGGACCUCCUGGGCCUGGAUAGUACCCUCUUAUUGCUAAUUGGCCAGGUAAGGAAGAAGGAAAAAAGAAAGAUAGCAAAGCCAAAAAUUGGAUGUAUAAUAUCACUAAAGGUACAUAGGAAGUUAGAUCUAUUUACUAUUGA